UACUCGGUUGGGUUGGACGUUCGAGUAUAUAAGACGAAACUCGGAGCUAUUGGAGCACAGAAUCGAGAGCUGCACCAGCCGAGACGUCACAUUCACUCAUCAUGAAGGCAGUUGCUAUCCUCGCUACUUUCGCCCUCCUUGUGGCUGUUACCAGCGCUGGCUUCGUCGGAGGUUGUGGCGGUCACGUCCUUGGAUAUGGCGGUCAUGGCCUUGUCCACGGAGCGGGAUACGGACUGGGCUACGCCGGACACGGCUUUGGACUGGCGCACCUUGGCUACGGAUAUGGCGGUUACGGCCUGGGACACGGCGGCUACGGCCUGGGACACGGCGGCUACGGCCUGGGACACGGCGGCUACGGACUCCACAACGGCUACGGACUCGGAUACAAGCACUAGACAA